CACUUAACGAGACUGGAAAUCACCAAUACAAAUUUGGCUGUUGCGCAGUCUCGCCGUUCAUCAGUUAAUCGGCGCUAUCAAUGUACACUCCAUUCAGCCAUUCUGUUGUGUCACGACUAGUCGCAAAUAAUACGUCGUCAAGGCUACACUGUUAUCCGAAGCGUCAGUUAUUGUGCAAAAGCAGCAACAUGAACACCGUGCUAUUAUCUCUGAUUUUUGGAGCGCUUAUAAUCUUUUACUUCUAUCUGACGCGAAAUUACAAAUAUUGGCAAAAACGUGGAAUUCCAUGCGUGGAUGGAGCUCUACCAGGAUUCGGUCACAUGUUAUCGGUGGCGUUUAUGAAAACGCACUUCUCCAAUUUUUGUGAUGAAAUCUACAAGAAUAACAAGGGUCGCAGCAUGGUUGGAAUCUACGACUUCACAACGCCAUUGUUGAUGAUUCUCGAGCCGGAAAUGGUGAAAACAGUGCUGCAAACCAAUUUCUCGAGUUUCUCUAAAAACGCCAUCGAUAUCGACCCCAAAUUGGACCCGCUUUCAUCAUAUAAUCCCUUCCUUCUUUCCGGUGAGAAGUGGCUACACAGUAGAAAACGCUUGACUUACGCAUUCUCCAGCAUGCGUCUAAAGAUCCUGCUCGAAAGUGUUAAAAAGGUGUGUGCAACGUUCGAGAAUUAUAUAGAUGGCAAGCUAAGCAAUGUUGAGAAGGCGGAAUUCGAAUUGAAGUCCCUGUUUUCCAGGUAUACUGCACAAGUGGUAGCCGCCGCCGGUUUCGGCGUAGAUGGAUACUGUUUCGAUGACGAGAAAAAGGAUCAAUCUUUCCGAAAAAUCGGACAAGCCAUUUUUGAGCCGUCUACGCGAAAUGUAAUCAUGUUCGCUCUCGUAUUCUUCGUUCCGUCGUUGAACAAAAUCUUUAAGAUGAGAUUCAUCCCCGAGCAUGUCGAUCAUUUCUUCAGGACAUUGGUUGCGGAUCUCAUGGAACAAAGAAGAAAGGACAAAAUACCGAGGAACGAUUUUCUUCAUUUGAUGGCCGAAUUGGAACGAGCAGAGGGCGAUAAAUUCGAUACUGAAAUGCUUGCAGGACAAGCAAUGUCAUUCGUCACCGAUGGCUAUGAAACUUCCAGCAGCGUAAUGAGCUACAUCGGUUUCCACUUGGCCAGCUACCCAGAAGUACAGGAGAAAUUACGCGAGGAGGUAAUGACCGUGCUUAACAGAUACGACGGUCAAAUCACUUAUGAAGGUUUGAGAGAGAUGACAUACAUGGAUCAGGUCUUCAAUGAAUCGCUGAGGAUGAUACCCGCGGGAGUGGUCUCAAAGAAACGGUGCACGGAAGAAUUCGAACUGAAAGGAUCCGAUGGACUCGUAUAUCGCAUUGAACCCGGAAUGGAGAUCUUAAUACCGAUUCAAGCUCUACACACUGAUCCUCAAUACUGGGAAAAUCCAGAGAAGUACGAUCCUGAAAGAUUCAACCCGGACAGAAAACACAGCAUCGAAAGAUUCGCUUAUCUACCCUUUGGCGAAGGCCCGCGAAUAUGCGUGGGUAUGAGAAUGGCCCAGCUACAGGUAAAAGCAGGUCUGACUACGAUUCUGAAAAAAUACAGAAUGGAACUAUCUCCGAAGACACAAGUACCUUUACAAAUGAUUCCUGGAGCCAUUUUACAAACACCAAAAGGCGGAUUGUGGGUCUAUCUUCGGCAGCUUUAAGUACGAAUAUUUUUUUCAAACUUAUUCCGAACUCUCAGCGUUGCAAUAAUGUUUUAUGUGAGAAAUAAAGAAUUGUAAUAAAUCUUUUCGUAAAUACGAAAUUCUUUUCAAAUUUAAUCAAUCAUUACUGCACCUUUAUAUAAAAGUUAAAUAAUAUUUAAUCAUUAGUGAUUUUAAUAUUUUUUAUGUGCCUAUCAUAAUACGUCUCGUUUUAAUUGAAUAAGAAAAUGAUGAAGAAUUUAACCUUUGGUUUAUACAGAAACAUAUAAAAUAUGAAUUUUGUAAUUAUUUAAUUUUUAACCAUGUUCUCUCUCUUUCCAUUUUAAUAAAAUUGUUAUAAUUACUAUAAGUGUCUCUAAUUUCGCAAGGUGUGUUUUAAUAAACAGCAAUAAUUUA